AUGAAAUUUUCAUAUAGCCAUACCUUUGAGUUAUUUCUUUUCUUAAUCUUGUUCUUUCUCCAAAUUCAUGGUCACAUUGUGCUAGAAGAAAACAGCAUCACAGUACUAUCACCAAAUGAUCUAAGAGGUAAAAGAAAUGGUGCCAUAGGAAGCUUUGGAAUGCCAAGUUAUGGAGAGCCUAUCAUAGGAUCACUCGUUUCACCGAAAGAUUCUUAUGGAUGCGGAGUAUUUGAAGGCGGUAAACCUUUUAAAUAUAGGUCUUAUCAUCCGACAAUCGUACUUCUUAAUCGUGGAGGGUGUUCUUUUUCUUUGAAGGUGUAUCAUGCCCAAAAAGCAGGAGCUGCAGCAGUUUUAAUCAUGGAUGUUAUUGAUGAGCCACUAAUGCUCAUGGGUUCACACAGGGAGAGAGAUGAUUCCAAGAGACUCAAUGGAAAGAUUUUAAUUCCAUAUGUUUUAAUUCAAUUGUCCUUUGGAAAGUCAUUGAAGAAUUAUCUAAACAAGCAAGAGCAAGUUUUGCUUAAGAUUGACCAAUCAACCAAUAUAUUUUCUACCCCUCCACCGAUAGAUCGUAUAGUUCCAAAUGAAGAUAUUCCCUCACCUGUAAAACCCGAAAAUCCUACCCCUAACAACUCCAAAAAAGACCAUGUAAAAGCCAUACUCGAAAAAUGUUUGAUAGCUCUCGCUAGCAUGGUUGGAGCGUUUGUCCUUAAAAUAAUAUAUUACUUACUUUCAGCAGUUCUUCGUAAGUGUUUAGAGAGAGUAGCACCCGCAACAGCAGCCGCCAUACAUCUACCGGAGGUAGCCAUAGAUCUACCGGAGGUGAAGCUGGACAUCGAUGUUUAG